GACACCGCAUUGAGGAGAUCCCAGAGGUUCCCCUGGUGGUUGACGACAAAGUGGAGGGUUACAAGAAGACUAAAGAGGCCGUGCUGCUGCUGAAGAAACUCAAGGCCUGGAACGACAUCAAGAAGGUGUACGCGUCACAACGUAUGCGAGCUGGCAAAGGUAAGAUGAGGAAUCGCAGGCGUAUCCAACGCAAAGGACCGUGCAUCAUCUACAACCAGGACCAAGGUGUCACCAAGGCCUUCAGAAACAUCCCUGGUAUCACCCUGCAGAACGUGAACAAGCUGAACCUGCUGAGGCUCGCCCCCGGCGGUCACGUUGGUCGCUUCUGUAUCUGGACCGAGUCCGCCUUCCGCAAGCUGGACCAGCUCUAUGGGACCUGGCGCAAGUCCGCCUCUCUCAAGGUGGACUACAAUCUGCCCAUGCACAAGAUGACCAACACAGAUCUGAGCAGGAUUCUGAAGAGUGAGGAGAUCCAGAAAGCACUCCGUGCACCAAACAAGAAGAUCAGGCGCAGAGUCCUGAAGAAGAACCCUCUGAAGAACCUGAGAAUAAUGAUGAAGCUGAACCCCUACGCCAAGACAGCCAGACGUCAAGCCAUCCUGCUGCAUGACCCGACUAUCAAGGCCAAGAUGCUGAAGCCCAAGAAGAAGCCGGCCAAGAAGCCGGCAGCCCCCGCCAAGGCAGCCCCCACCAAGGCAUAAAUCAGCUCUAACAGACUGUGGCGUUCAGAUGGUUUCAAAUAAAAUUUAAAUGAAAGUC